ACAGGGAGGAAGGAGGCCGGACUGGGCUGAGUCUGGGAGCAGGACGUGACUGCACCUUGGCCCUCUGCAGAUGAGCAACGCCUCCGUCCUGGGCACGGCUGUCACCCUGGCAUCGUCCACCUGGCCACAGCCCAGUAUCCCACUGGCCACGCCUGCUGGGCCACACAUGGACCCCAUAGGAAACAGCUCCCAGGGGGGCCCCAAGCUCUUCCUGACCACCCCGCUGGCCCGAGGCAUCUCGGGCAUCUUUGUGUGGGCCGCCCUGGCACUCACCUGCCACCAGAUCUACCUGCACCUGCGCUCCUACACCGUCCCCCACGAGCAGCGCUACAUCAUCCGCCUGCUCUUCAUCGUGCCCAUCUAUGCUGUGGACUCCUGGCUCAGCCUGCUCCUCCUGGGGGACCACCAGUACUAUGUCUACUUCGACUCGGUGCGGGACUGCUACGAAGGUGAGCCAGCAGGGCCCCAGGGGAGGCCUCACCUUCACUCCUGGCCAUGCCUCCCUGCUCCCUUUGGGGGCAGGGCGGGGGUGAAGAGCUCGCUUCUAACUAGAAGGUGGGCUGUUCGAACCCACUGGCCCCUCUGUGGGAGAAAGAUGAGGCUGUGUGCUUUCCUCAAAAGUUACAGCCCCGAAGCUUCUCUGCCCUACAGGGUCGUUGGGGUCAGAUUUCCCUUCCUGGAAAUUGGUUCCCCACGGGCCUGGUAG